AUGGCCACGGAUGAAUUCGGCUUCAAAAGCCAUCUACAAAAGUGAGUUUUGGUCAGUUUUAUCUUAUAUUUGGCGUUUAGUUUUGGCUCCACCUUCCGACAACGAUUUGAAGAGACGAAAGCGUUGAUUUAUCAACUCAAGGCGGUCUCAUAUUCCGAGAAGAGCACUGAUUUUUCUGUUCAUGGGACAAAAUGCUUUGGAGAAAAUGUAAGAGGUUUUUUUUGAGCUUUUAUUGGUUUAGAUGGCAAGUGCAAUAUACGAUAUGUGGAAAAAGGUGUUCGAAUAAGAGGGGAUUGCCUUAAACAGUUGGUCGAGUAUUUACCCUUCCUUUUCAGAGCUAUUUUGAUGCAUUUUAAUCGAAGAUUCGCUUUAUAUUACCCAUGAGGAGCAAUAUUCCAGAUUGUCGAAAAAAUUGAUAAUUUUCUAGAUUUUUGACACAUUUUUUGGUUUGUAGACGUGUAACAGCUCCUAAUGCAACUAUAUCUCCUAGUUUGAGUUUAUAUAAACCUUUCCAUUUUCAGCCAUCAGACUUUCGACGAAAUUUGGACCGGGAAAUUUCCGAAGAUCGAGUUCAGCGGCUACAACGGCGGAAUCUCGAGCUGUCGGAUCGUCUCUCAGUCAACGAAACCAUUAUUGAGCGAUUUGUGCAGCUGGUCUGUCAGGUAAGUCCAAUUUAUUUUGUAGUUUUACCUAAAUUUAGUUGCAAAACGACUUCGAAAAAAGUCUUCGUGAAACUGCCGAAGCCGAGGAUAAACGAAUAAAAGAGAAUAAAGAAGCUGCCAGCAAGUUUUCCAAGCUCGAAUGCCAGUUGCAAGCCCACGAGACGACGGUGAAAAUCAAAGACGACGAGAUCAAGAAGUUGAAUGGGAAAAUUAGCGAUUUGCAAGUGGUAUGUGGAAUUUUAUUAUUUUAUUUUUGAAUUUUAGACCUUGUCUCGGCUUGAGAAAGAUUUGAAAGAAGCGCAGAAGGAGAGGAACACCUUGAAUUCGGAUAAAGAAGGUAAAAUUUAUAUUACUUUAGAUGUUUUUGAGGGAAAAUUGUUGAAAAACGGCCUUUUUAGCCUUUGAAUCGAAGCUCCAGCGUUUGAAAGAUAAUUUGAAAGACACAAACAGCCAAAAUCAAAAGUUGUCCAUCGAAAAUCAGAAGCUUUUGGAUGAGGAUCGGAGGACCAAAAAAAUCUUGGAGCAAAUCGAAGAAACGCACAAAUCCGAGAUGUCCAAGGCUGAAAGAAGGAUAGAGGAGGAGUCUAGAAGGUUUGAGGCAGAAGUGGUAAGCGAAAUUUUGGGGAAAAUUAUAUUGUACAUGAUGGGUAUUGGAAAAAUUGCAAAUUUUUUGAUGUUGUGCUAGAUGGAUCUUGAUGAAAUUUGGAAUAGUGAGGGAUUAGGAUGUUUUGAAGAAUCUGUGAAAGUUUUAAGUCGCGUUAUGCAGAAACUGCAGAGAUAUGAGAUUUUUAAUUAAAAAAAAUUUUUUUGCCGGAGCUUAAAUUUAACUUUUCAGAAUGGAAUCCGAAGCCAUUAUGAAGCCGAAUUAGCAGAAAAAGUGGCCGCAGUCACAACCAGAUGGCAAGCAGAGAUCGAAAAACAGCGAAAAAUCCACGAAGCGGCCCUAAAAAAGGCUAAAGAUCAGACGGAUGAGCUCAUGAAAUACCGCGAUAAAUAUGUCCUACUCCUCAAGAAAUACAACGACUCUGAGAGCGAAGCCAAUCGGAAGGUUUUGGAAGCCCUGAACGACGCCAAAAUGAGGGUCAUGAUGGAGCAAGGUCAGAAAUUUCGAAAAUAUUGAGAGAAGUGUAAUUUUUGUAACGUUUUUGGGGGAUAAAUGAUCGGAGUUGGACGAUUGCGGAAAAAGACGAUUGGGGAAACCGAAAAAUAUUAUUUUAAAUACUGUCCAAAAAGUCAUGACAUUUAUUGUAGACCCCAUUUCACAGCAAAUAACAUCAUUUACGGAACUGGGACGAUUGGGGAAAAAGACGAUUGGGGAAAUCGAAAAGUAUUAUUCUUCUUCGAUGCAAGUGUCAAAAUUAGGGUAAUCGAGGGUGCUGAUUUUGAAAAUGACAUUAAUUUUUUUUGAUAGUUACUUUUUUCCUUAAGUAGUACUGUAAAGUAGUAAUUUUUUGAUUUUUUUCAUGAAUACUCGAUUUGGGGGGUUUUCGAUGGUGCUGAUUUCGAAAAUGACAUUUUUUUUGACGUGGAAAGUGCUUUUAUGGGGUAUGGAGUUACACGCCGAGACAUAUAUCAAAAAAUUCGCAAGGUUUUUCUGAUUCAGAAUGUGUAAAAAUUAGCUGCCUAAUUUUGGUUUGUAAGGGUGAAAAAAUCCUCAGAACUUUUCUCGCAACACCACACAAAUGCUCCAUUUUUUAUAGUAUAACUACUAAUUAAGGUGUAGUAUAAAUCAAAUUUGAUAUUUUUAAGUUUCUCAAUACAAUUUGCUUUAGCCCAAAAACAGCGUUUUGAUUUGGUAAAAACUUGGUCAAAAAGGCAUUUGCGAGAAAGUUCCGAGGAUUUUUCCACCCUUACAAACCGAAAUUAGGCAGCUAAUUUUUACAUAUUCUGAAUCAGAAACAAUCUGCGAAUUUUUUGAUAUAUGUCACGACCUGUAACUCCAUACCCAAUAGAAGUACUUUCCUCGUCAAAAAAAUGAAUGUUAUUUUCGAAAUCAGCACCCUCGAAAACCCCCAAAUCGAGUAUUCAUGAAAAAAAUUCAAAAAAUUACUACUUUACAGUACUACUUAAGGAAAAAAGUAAUGAUCACAAAAAAAAAUGAAUAUCAUUUUCGAAAUCAGCACCCUCGAUUAUCUUAGUUUCGGCACUUGCAUCGAAGAAGAAUAAUACUUUUCGAUUUCCCCAAUCGUCUUUUUCCCCAAUCGUCCCAGUUCCGUAAAUGAUGUUAUUUGCUGUGAAAUGGGGUCUGCAAUAAAUCUUGUGGCUUUUUGGACAGUAUUUUGGCCAAAAAAUAUUGUUUUAGACAUUAAUUUAUAUUGUUUUAGCCGCCAAUAACAGAAAUGUCCUCGCCAAUCGCCAACUACACGAAGAACGCCCGCAGAAUUUGGCCAAUGUGUUCCUGAAUGAUUUUCGAGGCUCCGAAGCCAGCUCAUGCUCGUCAUCGACGAUUUCCGAGCAAGAGGAGAACCGAUUUGGAAGAAGAAGUUCGAUUAUUCACCCCGCUCAGAAACGCCAUCGAGCUGCAUCGGAAACGAGAGCGAAACAACCCAGAGUUGGAUCGAAUCUGGUCAGUUGAAAUGCUUGAAAUGAGACUUGGAUUAAAAUUUUGCCAAAAAUUAUAUUGUUUUAGACAAAAUUUGGAAAUUUUUGCGAAAAUCUUGGUUAAUUUAGACAGUUUUAUUGAUGAAUAAUGCCUAUUUUGCUCCAUAAUUAAUCCUCCUUCAAUUUCAGUACCCCCAGAUCGUGACACAAUCCCAAAAUCCGUCAAAACGACCGCCUUUCCGCACCUAA